CGUCCUGGGUUUUGUGAUUUUGGGACCAGCCUUGAGAGAGGGUAAAAAGAAGUCCAAAUUGAAGAAAAGGAGACAAGAAUCAAUGGCUGCGAUAUCUACUUUUGUUUUCACAAGGCCCGUAACAUUUGUCACAGGGAAUGCAAAGAAGCUUGAAGAAGUUCAAGCCAUUCUUGGGCCUUCCAUCCCCUUCCAGUCCCUCAAACUUGAUCUGCCUGAACUGCAAGGAGAGCCUGAAGAGAUUUCCAAAGAAAAGGCUCAUUUGGCUGCACGAGAGGUUAAUGGACCUGUGCUUGUUGAAGAUACCUGCCUUUGCUUUAAUGCCCUCAAUGGCCUUCCAGGACCCUAUAUCAAGUGGUUUCUGCAGAAGAUCGGGCAUGAAGGUCUGAACAAUCUUUUGAAGGCUUACGAUGAUAAAUCAGCACAUGCUCUGUGCAUCUUUUCUCUUGCUCUUGGGCCAAAUACUGAUCCAGUAACUUUCUUUGGGAAAACUGAGGGAAAGAUAGUUCCAGCAAGGGGCCCACCUGAUUUUGGAUGGGACCCCAUCUUCCAACCUGAUGGCUAUGAGCAGACAUAUGCUGAGAUGUUGAAGGAAGAAAAGAACAGGAUUUCCCACCGCUCUAAAGCUCUGGAUAUGAAAGGGAGACCCUAAAUCAACAACUGCAAAACGAAGCUAGAAUGGUGGAAAAUUAGAACAAAAAGAAAUAAAGAAGGGGUAGAGGAUGGAAGAUUUUCUGAAGUCAUGGCCAUUUUGGAUUUUGAUGUUUUUCGCUAUAAUAGCUAGUCAGAGCCAGUUUUUGUAUCUGUAAGGGAUUUGGAUGCUAAUUUGAAUUUGAAGGAAAGAGAAAUAGGAUUGAGAGAAUGUGGGAAGGACAAGUUUCAGAUCAUGUGUACUCUGGACAGCUUAUGGAAGGAAAACUAUAUCAAUGUUGUGUACCC